AUGGCCGUGCAGCGGCCGCUGUCUCCUUGGCGGCCGCUGCCGAAGUUUUUGUGUUUAAAGAGCAUCGUCUUCCUUUGCUUCUGGCAGUCCCUCGCGCUUCGGUGGCUAGCGGGGCUCUUUCUGACGGGGGCAGCUGAAGGUGCAGCAGCACCAGCAGCAGCAGCAGCAGCAGCAGCAGCAGCAGCAAGACUACAGGAUUGGCUCAUUUGUAUAGAGAUGGUCCCCUGCGCGAUUGCACACUUGUGGGCGUUUCCUCCGUGGGAGUUGGAGGCCUUUGAGAAGGCAGAGGGGCACAGAUCGGGCUACAGCAGCAGCAGCAGCAGCAGCAGCAGCAGCAGCAACGCAGCAGCAGAUGAGUGGUCUAUGCUGCUGCGGCAGGGGGAUCAUGCUGCUCCUGCUGCUGCUGCUGCUGAUACGUACGCAGCAACAUCGAGAGCAGCAGGGCCGAGCCAGGAGUGCGAGAACAGCAGCAGCAGCAACCGCAGCAGCAUCAGCAGCAGCAGCAGCAGCAACAGCAGCAAACUGAAGAAACCCCUGAAGCAGCUCGUCAAUGGGGUGCAGCAGCUGCUGCUGUCGGAUACUGUUCUUAGCGAUGCAACGCAUGCAGUCUUCGGCCCGCAGCAGCAGCAGAGAGAAUUUAACCUUGAGACACGCUCAACAACCCCCCAUGCAUAG